AUGGACCAGACGAGCUCCGCCGCCGCGGAGACUCCUCAUCCGAGAGCGAAGGCCACCCUGGUUCUCGGAGGAGAGUCCUUCGCGGUCAGCUCCGAGUCCGGUACACCGUCGGAGCAGCUGGCGGCGAUGAGGGAGAAGAGCAUGGUCAUCCUCAAGGACUACAUCACCAGGCACAACGCCCCGAACGACGUCCCGGAUGAGUCUGUCGAGGGCUUGUCUGACGACGAGGGCGAGGCGCUCGCUAAAAACCCGCCCAAGAAAUCUAAGAAGCAGAAGUGAUGUGUCUUGUCCCUUGCUGAAUGUUCCUUGUGACACACAUUGUUAGGCACUUGUCUGCUUUGUGUAAAGAACUGCUAUCUGAUGAUAUGCGAAGGGGAGGUCUGCCCCUUGCUGUAUGACUCAAAUUUUAGAUGUUUUGCUUUGUUUAUAUGGGAUUCAGCACGAGAGCUCUUUGUUGUCAAAUGUCAAUGUGCACGAAGGCACCAACCACUUGAAAUCCAACAAGAAACAGGUCUUUUGAUCGC